ACUGGGAUCCUUGCUGCCGUCCAGCUUGCAUUCCAUUCCUAACUUCCAAAGCUUUGCAUUCUAUUCCCUUCCAUUCCAUCGCCAGCCUUCGCCUCCUCCUCCAGUCCUCCCAACGCCCGCCACGUGUCACCGGCGCCCGCCCGGCCCGCUCACCGACCGGCCACUCCAUCCUACGCCGCUCACUGACAGGCGGGCCGGAGUUCAGAAUGGCCCCCCACCUGCCGGUAGGAAACGCGGCCUGCGUGGUGCGACGCGCAAGCCGCCCCUGGCCCGCCGCGCUCGCAUCUGCCCCUUCCGCCCGUCCUUUAUUUUCCGCGCUCCGGCCAGCUCGUGCCAGACGGACUCCACACCCCGACCAAGUGGCUUGCCAUGCCCGACAGUGACCACCGCCGAGGCGUGGCCGCCGUUGCGCGCGGCCUUCUGGAACACCCGGUUGCAGCAACGGCGACCACCACCAGUGCUUCCUCCUCCCACGACGAGGAGCACGAGGUGGAGGGCUUCACCUUCGCUGCCGUCGCGCGUCUGCCUGCCGGUGGCGCGUUCCCCGACGGCCGCGUCGGCCCCGUGUACCCCGUCUUCGGCCGCCCGCGGUCGCCGCCGCUGCGGGAGGCGGAGGAUCCGGGCACGGCCACCGCGCUGGUGCCGCUGGGGCAGCUCCUCCUGGAGGAGCGGGGCGCGCCGUCAUCAGGGCAGUCCGAGGACGACGACGGCGGGCUCGACGGGGUGCCGGCGGAGACGUACUGCCUGUGGUCUCCCGGGGCCUCUCCAGCGCCGGGAUCUCAGUCGCCGUCGUCGCCGGCGCGCUGCCGGAAGAGCGGCUCCACGGGUUCGGUCCUCCGGUGGCGGCAGCGGGUCGUCAGGCGGAGCCACAGCGACGGCAAGGAGAAGUUCGUGUUCAUGGACGCGAGCUCCGAGUCCGAGCGCAACGCCGGCAGGAAGUCGACGUUCCUACCGUGCAAGCAGGAUCUUGUCGGGUUCUUUGCCAACGCCGGCGCGUUUCGGCGGAGCUACCUCCCGUUCUGACGCAAUGUCAUGUUGUUUUACAGCUGUGACUAUAACGUGCGUAUUGAUUAGUGCUUAGCUUAAGUUAAUUUUACUACUCUGUCUCAAGAUAUAAUGUGUGUCUAGCAGCAAAAUUUAUAAAACGAGCUAUAAUUUGAAACGGAUGGAGUAAUUAUUAGAACUACAUGAGUGUACCUGAGGUUUGUAUUAGAAUUGUUGUCAAUCGUAUCUGGUUAGCUGGAUACAAACCGAUUCUUCAGGAAAGCACUGAGCAAAAGACAAAUAUUUGAAGUUUUCAA